AUGUCCAAUACAACCAGUUACUCGUUGGUGCUAGAAAUAGUCAGAAACAGCACAAGACAGACAAUCAAUGGGUUUGGAGGAGCGUUCACUGAUGCUGCAGGAAUUAACAUUGCCAGCCUACCAUUGGCAGCACAAGAAAAUCUUUUGCAGUCAUACUAUUCUACAGAAGGCAUCCAAUACACUAUUGGUCGAAUACCUAUGGCAAGCUGUGACUUCUCUACACAUCCUUACUCUUAUGAUGAUACAGAUGGGGACUUACAGCUUUCCCAAUUUACUCUUGCUCCAGAGGAUAUAAAAUAUAAGAUUCCCUACAUUCAAAGAGCCCUUACUUUGUCACAAGGCAAAGCUGCGCUUGUUUUUGGCAGCCCAUGGAGUGCUCCAGCCUGGAUGAAAACUAAUAAAAAUAUGACUGGCAAUGGUACACUGAUGGUCAGCCAGGUGGUACAUACUACAAUCCUGGCCAACUACUUUGUUAGGUUUGUCCAGGAGUAUGCCAAGCAUAACAUCUCCCUGUGGGGGCUGACUGCUCAGAAUGAACCAACAGAUGGUAAAAUAUAUAAGUUUCCUUUCCAAGCUAUGGGUUGGACACCAGAAACACAGAGAGAUUUCAUAAAGCUGGACUUGGGACCAGCGCUUCAUGCAAAUGGUUUUCAAGACAUCAAACUGAUGAUUCUUGAUGAUGACAGACUAUUUUUGCCAGAAUGGGGACCAGGGGUUUUGUCAGACCCUGAAGCCAAGAAGUACAUUUCUGGUGUUGCUGUGCACUGGUAUUUAGACACAGUUAUACCACUCAAUGUCCUUGACUUUACACAUGACAAAUUUCCCGACACCUUUCUGUUUGCUACAGAAGCAUGCUGUUACGACUGUAGCGUAUCCUUCAUCGGAUUGUAG